CAUAGCUAACAACAAUGCUGACUGCAUUGAAUAGAUUAGAUAAGCUCCUUCUGAAAUAAUUAAUCUAUCAAUUUUUCCUUGUGGAUUACUACUACUAGGAUAACAAGUGCCUACAUAGUAGUGAUAAGAAAGAAGCGAAGCUAGAUCGAGAUCAUGCAAGCCAUGCUCUGGUGCCCGGGAUAAUGAGGAGCCGUGCAAGCACAAGCACAAGCACAAGCAGGGGUGAAGGAGGAGUCAAGAACUGUAGCCUAUGGGCUGCGGCUAUCGCCUCUGUCCUUCUCGCCAUCUUGCUUGCCUCCACCACACACCUCCCUGCUUCGCCCUCCGAUCCUCUGGUACAAGGCCGCCGCCGGCGGCGGCAGUGCGACGAGCAGGCCAGAUGGGUGGCCGGCAUCGCGUCCCAGCUCAAUGCCACCCUCGUCCUGACCGUCGACCACCUCGGCUGCGGCAACUUCAGCAGCGUGCAGAAGGCGGUGGACGCCGUGCCUGACCACGGCGCGGCCGGCGGGCGGACGCUGCUGGCCGUGGGCGCCGGCAUCUUCCGGGAGAAGGUGGUGUUGUGGGGUAACAAGACGGGCGUGACGCUGCACGGCCGCGGCAACCUGAACAGCACCGUGGCGUGGAACGACACCGCCGGCUCAAGCGGUGGCAGCACCCCGUCCAGCGCCACCUUCACCGUCCUCGCCGCCGGCUUCGUCGCCUACAACAUCAGCUUCCAGAACACGGCGCCUCCGGCGGACCCGGGCGCCAGCGGAGGGCAGGCAGUGGCGCUGCGCGUGGCCGGCGACCAGGCAGCGUUCCACUGGUGCGGCGUCUACGGCGCGCAGGACACGCUGCUGGACGAGCAGGGGCGGCACCUCUUCCACGGCUGCUACGUCGAGGGCUCCAUCGACUUCAUCUUCGGCAACGCCCGGUCGCUCUACCUCAACUGCACCAUCAGCUCCGUCGCGGCGGCCACCAGCAAUGGCGGCGGCGUGACGGGGAGCAUCACGGCGCAGGGGCGCGGGUCGGCGUCGGAGAAAACGGGGUUCGCGUUCGUGGGGUGCAGCGUGGUGGGGACGGGGAAGGUGUGGCUGGGGCGGGCGUGGGGGCCCUACGCCACGGUAGUGUUCGCGAGGACGUACCUCGCCGCCGGCGUCGUGGCGCCGGAGGGGUGGAACGACUGGAACGAUCCGGCCAGGCGCCAGACGGUGUUCUUUGGGGAGUACGAGAGCACGGGGCCCGGUGCGGGCAGGGACGGGAGGGUGCCGUACGCGCGGCAGCUGGAUAGUCGACAGGCCGCGCCCUUCAUGGACGUCUCCUACAUCGACGGCGACCAGUGGGCGGUGCCGCCACUGCCAGUAGUACUAGCAUUGCCGCGGCAGCACGGCGAAGACGAUUCAGAUCAUGCGCGCCACGGGGAGAAGUAAUGUAGCUGCAUGUACCCUGCAAGAUUUAACAUCUUUUUUGCCCUUUUUGUGGGUUUGAUUUCGUUUUUCUGCAACUAAGUUUUUUCUUUUCGAAAUGGGACAACUUUCUGAAAAUAACAACAAGGUAGAUGUUCCAUAA